AGCAGUGUGGUUUAGGUCGUAAGGUUAAUAAGUAGUUAUUGUAAGUUUAUUAGAAUAUCAAAUAUGAAAUUCUCACUAUUAUUACUAUUGACCAUCGUGUCAGCUGUGUUAUGUACCUCUCAGGGCCCAGACACGCGCAUCGUGGGGGGAUAUCCCGCCACGAUAUACAACUACCCCUUCGUGGUGUCCAUAGUGUACACAAACCCUGAAACUGGAGAGCAGACGCCAAGAUGCGUUGGCUCUAUCAUAUCCUCGUGGCAUGUGCUGACUACGGCUCACUGUUUUAGCGACCCAAAUGUCGAAAACUACAAGCUCCGCGUCGGCUCCACUAGCAGCAUGGAAGGUGGCACUCUCUUCGACAUUUAUUACAUCAUCAUUCACCCCGACUAUGUGGAGAGCCCGCGUACCGCUGACGCCGCCAUAGUGGUGCUGACCCAGCACAUCACCAUAAGCGAGAGCGUGCGAGUGAUCUACAUUCCCCCGCAGGAGACGUACAUCCCUGAUGGCUACACUGUGAGGGCUAUUGGCUGGGGGGCUGAGGAAGAGGCCGGUGCCUUGCUGGACACCCUGAAGGUGUUCGACACCAGAACGAUCCCGCUGCAGCAGUGCAUCGAGGCUUUCGCUGAUGAUGACAACAUCAACGUUUACGACCAGGUGAUCUGCACCCAAGCGGCCGGCCGUAGCAUGUGCACCGGAGACUCCGGGGCUCCGAUCAUCAUCGGGGAGGUUCUCGUGGGCAUCGCGUCCUACUCCAGCUCCUGCGACGACUCCACGCCCGACACCUUCACCAGGAUCGACCGCCACACCGGCUGGAUCCUGCAGGAGGCCGUCCCUCCCUACGGCAGGAGUGCGGCCUCGCCUGUGAGGGUCGCGCCUAUUGUGUAGGAU